AUGCAGCUGUUCAAGCUCUACUUUACUCCUGCACUCCUGCUCCUGAUACUCAGCUGCUUUAGUCAGAGCAAGUCUCUGCCAGUGAUGAGUGAAGGACAGAUGACAAACUCCUGCGUCUCAUACGCACAAAUACUUCUACAGAACAUCACUGACGCUCUCUUGCAGGGUACACUGUUCCAUGGAGUGGACUGCACCACGAAGGGUGUGGAGCUGUACACGGAGACUAACACAUCCUCUGUGUGUGCACCAAAGGGAUCAACAUGCUCUGGAAUCGCUAAAUCAGAAUUCAGUCAGACGUCAUGCCUUACAAACAUUGGGGAAGAUCUUCGUCACUACUACAAACUUCUCGCAAAGCACCCGGACCGUUUACUUGGUCAAACUGUUCUGUUCAGUCUAAGACAAUUCAUGGAGAAGUGCUUCCCAGAGUUUUUGCCCAACGACUUGGCCUCAGAGCAUACCAGUUAUUGUAUUACUGUUAUAAGUCCUUUAUCUUGGCUGUCUCUUAUGUUACAGACUGCUGCAGACCGUUCUACCUACGAUGAAAGACUGACACUCUGCAAAGUGCUGAAGGGCUUCCAGGUCCGUGCCAUCACAAUCAGCAGAGUCAUUGGAUACAUGAACUCGGGCGAACACACUAAAUAAAUUCACCACAGAGCUUCUAACACAAGAAUAUUUUCAGAAAGCUACACAGGACCACUUUACAUGCAACAGAAAAAAACACUUCUACAGUCUACAUUAUAACUUUUUAAUGGUAUACAUUUAUUAUUUAUAUGUAGACAUGUAAUUUAUAUUUAACAUCAAGAUGAUGUGUUUAAGUACUUUUUAUUAAGUCUAUUUAUAGACUGUAUGCUAUUUAUUUAUUAACAUUUAAUGUUUAA